AUGGCAUCCGAUAAAAAGCAAGUCGAUCCUUUCAAAUCUUUUGUUGCAGGCGGUACCGCUGGUGCUGUCGAGGGUGUGGUAACCUACCCAUUCGAGUUCGCUAAGACCAGACUACAGCUUGUGAGCAAGUCAUCCACGGCGUCCAGGAAUCCAUUGGUUUUAAUCGCCAACGUUGCCAAAACCCAAGGCGUUGGCGCUUUGUACGUGGGUUGUCCUGCUUUCAUUGUGGGUAACACCGCUAAGGCCUCUGUUCGUUUCCUUGGUUUCGAUUCCAUCAAGGCGCUCUUAUCAGACAAGAACGGCAAGCUCUCUGGACCAAGAGGUGUUCUUGCAGGUUUGGGUGCUGGUUUGUUGGAGUCUGUGGUUGCAGUCACUCCAUUCGAGGCCAUCAAGACCGCAUUGAUCGACGAUAAGCAGGCAGCCAAGCCCAAGUACCAGACUGGUUUGCUCUCAGGAACCGUCAAGUUGGUUAGAGACUUGGGUUUCAAGGGCAUGUACGCUGGUGUUGUGCCCGUGUCCAUGAGACAAGGUGCCAAUUCUGCUGUUCGUCUUGGUUCCUACAAUGCAAUCAAGACCAUGGUCCAACAAGCUACCAACACUCAUGCCAACGAACCGUUGUCGUCUGCAGCCACCUUUGCUGUCGGCGCUAUCGCAGGAACUGUCACAGUCUACACCACCAUGCCUAUAGAUACAGUGAAGACGAGAAUGCAGUCGUUGGACGCUGGCAAGCUCUAUACGUCGACGAUGAACUGCUUUGUCAGAAUAUUCAAGGACGAGGGCUUGCUCACUUUCUGGAAAGGAGCCACGCCGAGAUUGGGCCGUUUGAUGUUGAGUGGAGGCAUUGUGUUCACCAUCUACGAAAAGAUGUUGGUGCUCUUGAACUAA